GUCCCAUUAAUCAUUUAUAUAUUUUAAUUUAAUUGUUUUUUUGACAAUCCACGACAGAUGUUAAUCCACGUGUCGAGUUUUAGCACUCUUGCCUUCAUUUUGAAGAUGAGAAUUGAAGUCACUGUCACCGCCACCAAGACUGAACCACCCACCAAAAGAGAGAGAGAGGAGAGACAUUCUCUCUGAGUGAGAGAGAGAGCAGAGACUGUCAACAAAACUAGUUUUGGAGAAGGAAAUUAGGGGUUUUUUUUGGGGGUUGAUUAUUGGGGGAGGAUUGAUCAGAAUUUGGGUUUUUUUUUCUUUUUUUGUUUUUGUUUGGGGUGGGAGGAGAUGUACAUAGGCUCUAUGCGAAAGUCUUUCAAGGACUCUCUUAAAGUGCUUGAAGCUGAUAUCCAACAUGCUAAUACUCUGGCUUCAGAUUUUCCAAGGGAGUAUGAUGGUGCAUGCCUUCAAAUGAGAAUGUCAUACAGUCCAGCUGCGCACCUGUUCUUAUUUUUGGUGCAGUGGACUGACUGUCACCUUGCUGGAGCCCUUGGGCUGUUAAGAAUACUAAUUUACAAGGUUUAUGUGGAUGGAACUACCACCAUGUCUACACAUGAAAGGAAAGCCAGCAUAAGAGAGUUCUACGCUGUUAUCUAUCCCUCUUUACUGCAACUUCAGAGGGGUGUCACUGAUACUGAAGAUAAAAAACAGAAAGUAGUGUGCAUGGAAAGGUACCGAAGAAGAGAAGAUGAAGAGUGUAUGCAGCUUAAUGAUGUUGAUUUUGAAAGAGAAGAAGAAUGUGGAAUAUGCAUGGAGAUGAACAGUAAAAUUGUGCUGCCAAACUGCAAUCAUGCUAUGUGCUUGAAAUGUUACCGUGAAUGGCGGUCAAGGUCGCAGUCCUGCCCCUUCUGCCGUGAUAGUCUUAAGAGAGUUAACUCUGGGGAUCUCUGGAUAUAUACAGACAGCAGGGAUAUAAUUGACAUGGCCACAGUGACGAGGGAGAAUCUUAGAAGGCUUUUCAUGUAUAUAGAUAAGUUGCCACUGAUUGUUCCUGAUACCAUUUUUGAUACUUACGAUUCCCACCUAAGGUGAUAAGUACAUUCUAAAAUAUCUUCUCUGUGAUCUCAGUAUUUUCCGCUCGUUUUAUCUUCGAUUACAUAACGACCAAAUCACUCGAUUUGGCAAAUUUAGGUCAGCCAGUACUGCAGUGCUCUCUUCCCACUUCUCACCAGAAGAAAAACCCUGCCCGAGUUAUUGUGGGCUGGUGGUGAAGUUGAGGUAGUUCAUCUUAGGAGCCUAUAAAUUGUAUUGAGUACAUUUGUAUAUGCAUUGUAUAGCCUAAAGUUUGAUGAUAAAAAUCCUUUCCAAAUUAUUUUCUGUCUUAU